AUGGUCAGAUUUUUUGAAAAUUCAUUAUCAUCCUAGAAGUUUAUGUUUUAUUGAAGAUUACGGUUGUGAAAAUGAAUUUAAUGGAUAUGGAUGUGGUGUUGAAGUUUUCGAUCGAGAAAAUAUGUAUGAUUUAAUAGAAGAUACCUUGAGGUAUUUUUCCGAGGAAUGUGAUUAUUUACAGGGUUUUCAUGUUUUGAUGGAUGGUUAUAAUGGAUUUACAGCUAUAGCUAAUGGCAUUCUUGAACAUUUGGAAGAUAGUUAUUCUAGCAAAAUACAUUUGUGUUUUCCAGUAUAUAAUUCAGAUUUCACAUUAUGGAGAAAGAAAAAAGUAUCACAUAAUGACAUUUGUCAAUAUUAUAGCAGUCUCAUGGGGUAUAACAGUUUAGCAAUGUAUAGUCAUCUUUUCUCACCACUUGAUACAAAUUCACAUUUGUAUUCUGGAAAUCCUAAUAUAAAUUUUCCUUAUUUAAACUAUAAGACUGAAAUGAAUUAUCAUACUAGUUCUGUAUUGUCCAUUGCAUUGGAUACUAUUACUCUUCCCAUGAGAAUGAAGUCAAAUGCCAUUCAUUUAAAUGAAAUGAUCAGUUCUUUAACGAUUCUUGGGCAGAAGCUUAUUCCUCUGGCACUAUGUACACCAAUUCCUGUUGAAGACCAUUCCUAUCUAAAUGAUGUUUUAAAUAGUUCAAAUAAUGUGAACUUAGUUCCACUUACUCCUUGCUGCAAUAUUGAAGAAUUUGAUAUAAUUUCUCAAUUUAUCAAUAUUCGUGGUUUACCUGAAUCAAAAUUUUUUAAUAGCCAUUUAAAACAGAAUAUAAAAAUGACAGUUGAAAAAGUUUUAGGUUACUUCUUACAAUCAUAGUAUCCAAGUUCAAUGAAUUUCUGGAAAAUAUGUCAUGAGCCUUACAAAACAACAGCUCCAUUUCCUCAUAUAUUUAAUUCAAAAAUUAAUGUUAGAGGGUACAUAGGAAGUUCACACAGAACAGUUGGAACAGGUGUU